GGGAAGAAGAAGAAGAAAAAAGCUUGAAAAUCUCGCCGGUUUAUGGAAGAAAGUCAGAGGAAGUGAGGAUAACGUCGCCGUUGGUGAUCGUAUACCGGCUAUCGGAGCUAAGCCUUUGGGCAAAAAGAUCGAACGCAGGCGCUCGCCGUGAGGAAGCUCAAGUUGAUGGAAUUCUCAGAUCCUCCCUCCGAUUUGUUAGUUGAAAUCCUGGCGAGGCUCCCCAGCAGCAGAGCAGCUAUCCAAUUGAAAUUGCUCACAAACACAGUUCACAAAAUCCCGCCAAAUCCAACCGUCAGGAGCGAGGCUCCAAAACCGGAGAAUCUUCCUACCGCCAUUGCUACUCACCUCUAAACUCAGUUCUCUGCCUCGUGUCUCCAGAAAACGUAACAAACAAUGGCGGUGGCGGAGGAGACCGCAAAAGACGAUACCAAAAUACACAUCAAUCAACUGCCAUUGCCGCCGGCGCUGGCCGGAUCGCGGUUGUCCGUUGACGGAGAGGAUCUAAUGGGAGAGCAGAGAGUGGAGUUUCCGUUGUUCAGGCUGACGUCACGGAGGAGCGAGAACUCGUGGAUCAUCUCUCUGUUCGUGAUCAUCCACCUGGUCGUCUUCGCCGCCACCAUGAUCGUCAACGACUGCUGGCACAACUCUCACGGAGACUGCGCCAUCAAACCGCUCGGAAGGUUAUCCUUUCAGCCACUCUCUGAGAAUCCCUUGCUUGGGCCCUCUGCGUCUGCGCUGGGUAAAGUUGGUGCGAUUCGGCAGACAUUAUUCACUGAUCAUCACCAGUUUUGGCGUGUUUUAACAAGUCCAUGGUUGCAUGCUGGGCUUGUCCACAUUAUCAUCAACUUGUGCAGUGUAGUCUUUAUUGGAAUUCACUUGGAGCAAGAGUUCGGAUCACUAAGGAUUGGAGUUACCUACAUACUCUCAGCUGUGACUGCUACCUUGCUGGCUGCACUUUUUGUUUCAGAUAACUCAUCAGUUACUUCAUCCAGUGCAUUAUUUGGAUUGCUUGGUAUGAUGCUGUCUGGGCUCAUUAGAAAUUGGAAACUUUAUACUAAAAAGCUUGCAGCGAUUCUGCUAUUUUUAAUCAUCUUGAUGAUUAAUCUCAUCCUCGGCUUGGCACCAUACAUCAACAACAUUUCUAAUGUUGGAGGAUUUAUAUCAGGAUUCCUUAUUGGGUUUGUGCUGCUAUUCGAACCUCAACUUGACCGUAUCGCUCAAAAGAAAGGAGGUUUAUUUGAGUUUGAUCUCAAGCACAAAGUUCAACCGAAGCAGAAGUGGGACAGGCCAGUUCUGAGGGGUGUUUCUCUUGCCAUCCUCGUGUUUGUAUUUGCAGGAGUUUCUAUAGCAGUUUUGCGUGGCACAAAUGUGAGCAAGUAUUGUAGCUGGUGUCAGUGCAUAGAUUGCAUUCCAUCCAAAUGGUGGAUCUGUGCAGACAAAGCGAAGCACUGCGAGACCAUGAUCUACUCAGACCAGUUGACCUUGACUUGCUCAGACAAUGGAAAUUUCAGAGUUCUUCCCUACACUGACAUCUCUCCAGGAAGGAUCGAGGACUUGUGCAGUAUGAUAUGCUCUUAGAUGGUAAUAUGCAUUACACAAAACUCACCAAUUCAAAAACAUUACAUCAAUGUUUUUCCUACCUAUACUUCACAAAUAUGAUAAUAUGCAGUACAAGGAUUGAACAAUUCAAAAA